AUGCAGUCAAGACGCAAGCCGGCCGAAAACGGCAUCAAGAUUCAUCGACCAGCAGGUUUUGCGUGCCCCCCCCCCCCAUGGCGGACCGGCCCAUUCCCCACGGGGCGUGGCAUGCUACGUAGCGCCGGCACUGACCCGCUCUCGCUCUGCCUUACGAGGCGGCCCGGAAGCGGGGGCGGCCGCUGCCGAUCUUUUCGUGAUCCCGCGAAUUGCGGGGCCGCCGUCGCGCGAUCCUUCUGCAGUACAGGCGUCUGGGAGGAACUUCCGUGUCUGGGCAUGCGGGGUGCUGGAGGCACGCGCUGCGGCGGCCGUGUCAGAUUGGCACUUUUGUCAGUUUCGUCUGUCAAGCGGGUCGGGGGGCCUGUGCUGGGUGGUCGGAGAAUGUCCGAGGCCGCGGAAAACAAGGUGGCAGGGGGCGCUCUGGCUGCAGCGGACGGCCUCGCUGUUGCCUGUGGCGAGUCGUGCUCAGCCCGGAGUUUGGGCCGCGGAGUUUGCGGUGACUCUCUGUAUCAAGAGAGGAAUUCAGGAUGGAACCAGGCCUCGGACAGCUCCGUAUGGGUCUACAUGUACGCUACAUCACAUCGUAAGGAGCUUGUCGUAAACAUGGGCACGAAAAGGCAAAAGGGAAAACAGGCCACGAUGUGA